UUUAGUUCCAGAUUCCAACAAUGUCUCACCCAUCUUGGCUGCCACCCAAAAGCACUGGUGAGCCCCUCGGCCAUGUGCCUGCGCGGAUGGAGACCACCCAUUCCUUUGGGACCCCCAGCAUUUCAGUGUCCACACAACAACCACCCAAGAAGUUUGCACCGGUAGUUGCUCCAAAGCCGAAAUACAACCCGUACAAGCACUCUGGAGGUGAAGGUGACUUUCUUCCACCCCCGCCUCCACCUCUAGAUGAUCCUGGUGCUCUUCCAUCCAGCCCCGGAAACUUCCCUCCUCCACCACCCCUUGACGAAGGUGCUUUCAGGGCACAGCAGGGAAAUCCUGGAGGCAAGACCCUUGAGGAGAGGCGUUCGAGCCUGGAUGCCGAGAUAGACUCGCUGACUAGCAUCUUGGCCGACCUUGAGUGCAGCUCGCCCUACAAGCCUCGGCCCCCACAGAGCUCUACUAGCUCGACAGCCUCUCCUCCAGUCUCCACCCCUGUCACAGGACACAAAAGAAUGAUUAUACCAAACCAACCGCCUCUAACAGCAACUAAAAAGUCUACAUUGAAACCACAGCCUGCACCCCAGGCUGGACCCAUCUCCGUGGCACCAAUUGGGACACUAAAACCCCAGCCUCCACCGGUCCCCGCUUCCUAUACGACAGCAUCGACCCCUUCCAGGCCUACCUUCAAUGUGCAGGUGAAGUCAGCCCAGCCCAGCUCUCUUUAUAUGGCUGCUCCUUCAUCAGGACAAUUUUACAGCCAAGGCCCAGGACCCCAGGGCUAUAACACUCCCCCAGUUUCUAUCUCUGGGCAGUGCCCACCUCCUUCAACACGAGGGGGCAUGGAUUAUGCCUAUAUUCCACCACCAGGACUUCAGCCUGAGCCUGGGUAUGGGUAUGCCCCUAACCAAGGACGUUAUUAUGAAGCCUAUUGCCCAGCGGGGCCUGGCUAUGGGGGCAAAAAUGAGACCGAUCCAGCUUAUGGUCAGCAAGGUCACCCAAACACCUGGAAGCGGGAGCAAGGGUAUACUCCUUCUGGAACAGGAAACCAGAACCCCCCUGGGAUGUAUCCAGUUGCUGGUCCCAAGAAGACCUACAUCACGGAUCCCGUUUCAGCACCGUGUGCACCACCGCUGCAACAAAAGGGUGGACAAACGGGUUCCAUGGGGCCUCCAGCUGCUUCCCCAUCGUUCCGUCCUGAAGAUGAACUCGAACACCUGACCAAGAAGAUGCUGUAUGACAUGGAAAAUCCGCCUGCUGAUGAAUACUUUGGCCGCUGUGCUCGCUGUGGGGAGAAUGUCGUUGGAGAAGGGACGGGAUGCACUGCCAUGGAUCAGGUCUUCCACGUGGACUGUUUCACCUGCAUCAUCUGCAGCAACAAGCUCCGGGGACAGCCCUUCUAUGCCGUGGAGAAGAAAGCUUACUGUGAGCCCUGCUACAUUAAUACCCUGGAGCAGUGCAGCGUGUGCUCCAAGCCCAUCAUGGAGCGGAUUCUUCGAGCCACCGGGAAGGCCUAUCAUCCUCACUGCUUUACCUGUGUGAUGUGCCACCGCAGCCUUGAUGGGAUCCCAUUCACUGUGGACGCUGGUGGCCUCAUUCACUGCAUUGAGGACUUCCACAAGAAAUUUGCCCCCCGAUGUUCUGUGUGCAAGGAGCCUAUCAUGCCAGCCCCAGGCCAGGAGGAGACUGUCCGGAUUGUGGCUCUGGAUCGCGAUUUCCACGUUCAUUGCUACCGCUGUGAGGACUGUGGUGGUCUCCUGUCCGAAGGAGACAACCAAGGCUGCUACCCUCUGGAUGGACACAUCCUCUGUAAGACCUGCAACUCUGCCCGCAUCAGGGUGCUCACCGCCAAGGCCAGCACCGACCUCUAAAUACAGUCGCCUGCUGAGCUGCUUAGUUGGGGGCGCUGAGAAGAAGGAAGCACAAGACAAAGAUAAGAAAUGGGAAUAUACAGGAAAGGCAAUCAAGCCGUGAGAUGGUCUCUGUUCUUCCUCUAAUAUUAACCUUUCUUUAGAAGCACAUAGAUAAUGAGAUUUUUUUUUUUUUUUAACGUUCUCACCAAAUACACAUUUCACAUUUAAUCAUGUAGGACCUUGAUGGGCCUUUGUUCCCAAGGACUUCCACAUUUUUGCACGGAUUAUACUCCAUCCCAUUCACUUCUGCAUUCCUGUAACUUUUAAUCCCUAUGUUUGUCUCACUUUUCAUCUGGUUGAAUGGCUUUUUUUAGUGUGGUAUUUGCUGUCACACAGUUUUUCCUGGGUGAGUCGGGCCAACUCACAGGUGCUUUUAGGCUUGAAGGGUCCGUCCUGUCAGUUCCACGUGGCCUGUGAACAGGAAGGAUAGCCACUCUUUUUCUGUGUAUUAAAAAGUACAUCUUUCUGUUGCUCUAAACCGGUCAUGCCCCUUG